AUGCAGGCAACACAGAGAGACCAUUCGAGACGAACAGCCACGCUCGACCCUCACGACUACACGGUAGCCUGGAUCGCCCCGCUCGAGAUCGAGGCCCAGGCAGCGACACCGCGGACGGUUUCCACGGCACUGCCGGCGGGCCAGAAGUACGGGACGGGGUCGGCGGAGGCGCUGGCGAGCCAGGUCAAGAAGUUCUUUCCAAAUCCUUGGUUCGGACUACUCGUUGGUGUGGCAGCAGGGCUGUCUGACCUAUUCCGCACACCACCACGAGAUAUCCGACUAGGCGACGUGCUGGUGGGUCUUCCUGAGGGCGAGAGCGCGGGACUAGUUGCGUACGAUUUGGGCAAAGAAACCGAAGACGGGUUCGAGCCACUUCGACGGGGACACGCACUGGCGACGACGGAGCCGAUCAUCCGGUCAGCGAUCGGCAGUAUUAAGUUUAAGGCACCUUAUAACGCCGAGGAGUUCUUGCCCUUCUACGAGACUAUCCGCGACAAAGAACAUGCGACUGGCACGUUUGCCGAUCCAGGUCAGGACUGCGACCAACUAUAUUUGAGAACGACGACGGAACAGAACAAGUGGCCGACCGCGCCCGACGACCAGACACAAGACGUACUCGAGAGAGACGAGCUGAGAGACAAGUAUGGAGUGAUCGGGGUGGAGAUGGAGGCGGCAGGGACCAUGAGCCGCAUCCCCGUCGGUGUGAUCCGAGGGGUGUGCGACUAUGGAGAUAAAUACAAAAACAAGGAGUGGCAGCCGUAUGCGGCAGCGAUGGCGGCGUCGUAUGUUCAAGCGGUGCUAGAUGUCAUCCUGCCGCACGAUUCGGACCAGCCUAAUACGCCAAGUUUUCGAUUCGGACACGGUGUCGUACCGGGGCAGAGCAAAGAAUGGCUACGGAAGGUAUCAACCCGGAUCGAGGCUGGCAGAUGGCUGAUGGUCGUAGACAACGCUGAUGACCAGGAGCUGGUGUUCGGAUCGGGCGAGGGGCCUGGCAUCGAGGAUUUUCUGCCUAGAAGCGACCACGGACUAAUUCUGUUAACGACACGAUCGAGACAGGUCGCGGUGGAGUUUGCGCAAGCCGACAUCGAGCAAAUGAGUCGCGAAGAGGCGACGCACCUUCUCAAGAAGUCGUUACCUCAGAAACAAAUGUUGCAAGCAUUAAUACCAGAGCUUCUCGACUAUCUCACUUAUCUCCCACUCGCCAUCACGUAG